GGCCCCCGGCGCUGCCUGACCGCCCAGGCACCAUGUCCCGCUCGGAGGAGGUGAACCGGCUGACCGAAAACGUCUAUCGGGUGAUUCUGGACCAGUUCAACCCAAGUUUAAGGAAUUUUGUUACGAUGGGAAAGAAUUAUCAGAAAGCCCUCUCAGGAGUCACUGUUGCUGCCAAAGGCUACUUUGAUGCCUUGGUGAAGCUUGGUGAGUUGGCCAGUGACAGUCAAGGAUCCAAGGAGCUGGGUGAUACCUUGUUCCAGAUGGCUGAAGUCCACAGGCAGAUCCAAGUACAGCUGGAGGAGACGCUGAAGUUUUUCCAAUCUGAGAUGCUGUCGCAGCUGGAACACAAACUGGAACUGGAUAUCAAGUAUCUGGUGGCUACCCUGAAGAAAUAUCAAGGGGAGCACCGUGCCAAAGCUGAAUCAAUUGAAAAGUGUCAGGCAGAGCUGAAGAAACUGCGCAAGAAAUGCCAGAACAGCAAAAACCCUCAGAAAUAUGGGGAUCGUGAGGUGCAGUAUGUGGAGGUCAUGAGCACCAAGCAGAGUGAGCUGGAUCUGUUUGUGGCAGAAGGCUACAGGGCAGCCCUGACGGAGGAGCGGCGGCGGUACUCAUUUCUGGUGGACCGCCAGUGUGCCGUCUCCAAGCACUUCAGCAGUUAUCACACGAAGGUGCGGGAGCUGUUGGCAGCCAGACUGCCCAUCUGGCAAACAUCAUGCACCCAACCUACCCGUUUACCAGAGCGGGCAUUGGCUCUGGUCAAGCUCACAGCCAAUAACACCACGGGUGGAAUUCCUGUUCCAGCCACAGAUCCCCUCCCCAACAACAAGACCCUGGAAGAGCCUUCAGAAUUGGGACAAAAUCAUCGGGCUUCAGUCCAGGAAGGAACACCACUGCUAAAUGGUGAUUUGCACCGUGGGCGGGGAUCCCGGGACUUCAGUCACCUGCCGGUCAGCGAGCCCAUCACCAUCGCCUCAGGUCUGCCCCCCACCCAGCCCACCCAGAAGCCUCCACAGACCAAGAUUGCUGACAGCUAUUCUUGCACUCUGCCAAUGCCCCGCAAGAUGUCAAUGGAAACUCGCUUGGCAACACUGGUGGAGAACAAGACCUUGCCCCGCAUUAAUCCUCUUUCAGUCCUGCCUCCACGUUCCGAGCGCCGGAGAGUCCAGGCAGUCUUCUCACAUGCGGCAGGAGAGAACAGCACCCUUCUCAACUUCCAAGAGGGAGACAUCAUCCUUUUAUUGGUGACUGAGGCGAGGGAUGGCUGGCAUUAUGGGGAAAAUGAGGCAACCAGGAUGAAAGGCUGGUUUCCUUUUUCCUACACUCGGCCCUUUCCCUCGGCUGAGGGAGCUAACAAACUACUGAGCAGUGGCUUCCCUCUUAGCAAGAUGAACAGUAGCAGCACAGGAAAUUUGGAUCGAGCUGGAUCUCCACCUGCUGGACCCGAUGGGGAUGAUUUACGGUACGGUCUAUCACCUCAUAUCAGUGCAUCUCGUCAACGACCUUACAGCAUGCUAAAUCCUGACCUGUCACAGUUGGCAAAUGAAUUUGGAAGUCCAACUGCCUCUCCUUCAAGGACCAAUCCAUUUGCUCAUGUUAAGCUGAAACGUACAGUGACCAACGACCGCUCAGCCCCACUCAUCCAGUGAAAGGUGCAAUGUUGAGUGGAGAUAGACCACUGCCCUGCUUUUCCCUCUUUCCCCCACCAUGUGGCCUUUCCCACCUAAUAAGCUGCUUCUGGCUGAGAGCAGUUUCCGCAGGCCAGGCUGGACCAGGCUUGCCACCUCUUCCCCACCCUUCCCAAUGGCACAUUGAAAGCACUACAGGUCCACAGACUUGACUCACAGCGAGGAGGCUGUGGGGUUUCACUUGGUGGUAGCAGUUCCAGGAUGGGAAUGCAAGCCAACAGCAGGAGGACAGGAACAGCUGCAGGGGAGACAGAGUUUGGGUGCAUGGGAUGGAGGCAGAGGUGGAACAGUUGGAUAAACAGAGGCAGGAAAAGGGUGAAGGAUGUGGGACAGGUGGAAGGAGGUCAGAUGAAAGGAAAAAGAGAUUAAAACUAUGCAUUUCAUGUUACAGAACAUUCAAACGAAGGGAAAUUCAGUGAAUUUGGGCAGUUGAAUGUGAUUCCUAUUCCAUACAAUUCAGAGACAAAGCUUCCACUGAUCAGAUCAUUUGAUGUUUUAGUCAAACUACCCAUACUUUGACUAAAACAUCACUGAUUAAGUGGUAUGUGCUCAGAAAGAAGGUAUUUUGAAACCAGAAUGAAGGUGUGCUUAAGUUGAUGAUUUUAAAGUUUGAUUUUGUUUGCUUUUAAUUCAGCAGGUCUUAAAUGUAUCUCUUUAGAUUCGGUUCUGCUAGCCAGCUGAGUAAUUCAGUGACUGCAGUUAUCAUAUAUCACCUGGGUCAUGUAAAAUUUUGGUUCUGCAGUAAGCUUUUACACUAAUCGUCACAAAAGUCAUAGAUAAACACAUUGCAUAUGGGCUUCUAAUAGAAAGUCCACACUAAUCUUUUCAGCUGAUAUACAGUAAGAGCUGUUGGCUUGUGGAUAGAAAGGAUAAACAAAACUGGUUUGGGAAGAGUAAGAGAGAAGCAUAAGAGGAACUGGUAAAUCUAGGGAAACCGAAUUCAGAUUUGAUUCACACAUGUAAUAUACAGUAUCUGAUUAUUUCAUCAUUGAGUUAUUCAACUACAGGUCCAGCUUACUCAGAAAAUUGCAUCACUUGGAAGUGAUUAUGAAUUGGCUGUAUUGAAAAGCAUCAGAUUUGAAUAGCUAUGAAAGGUCUUACUGUGGUGUUGGUUUUGUACUGGCCUCUUAAGGCAUGGAAAUCAUCUGUUUGUAUUAACAGUCAUCAAGUGAUAAACAUACAAAUGUGAAACAGCUCUGGAGAGCUGGGUGUGUGAACAGCUUCACUGAACAAAUAGAAGUUUGUAAGUUAUACAAAAACUCUGUUGAUAAUUGAUGUGCUGUCGCUGAAUUCAUUGCACGAUUAUAAGCAUAUCUUAAUUUUCUUAACAAGUGUGGAUUGUGGGUUGAAAAGGAGUCAGGAUUUAUGAUUACUGGGUUCUCUGAAUCUGAAGUGGGUCUGUGGUCUGCUGAGUAGUCCAUGAAGUGAUCCAUGCUGCUAGUGUGUUUUGAUUCCCCUUCAACCAGUUGUUGAGAUAUUUUCAUGGAAAAGAAUAUACAUUUUACAAAAACAUUACCAUUAAACAUAGGCUGCACAUUUUGUAAUUUAUAUGUGUUUCUUAGUGAAUUUAACCAGAGGUUUAUCACACUAUGAUAUGUGAUAGUCUAAAAAAAAAAUGUAGAGAUUUUCCCCUGCUCCCCAGGUAACAUGGGAUAGAAAGAGAAACGCCAGGAGUCAGGACUUCUGUGUGUGGAAGGAGGUAGUAGAUUAAAGCAAGGCAGUUGCCAAUUUUUUAAAAAAUUGUGUUUAUUUAAUUUCAGUUGCCAGAAUGUAUAAUAAAGACAGUUAUCUAGUAAUAUUCUUGUCCUGGCAGACUAAACUGCAGGCAUUUUGGUCAAAGCCAAAACAGACUAAUUCAGCUAUAUUGUCUAAAGAAAGAAAUAUUCUUCCCAGCGAGGAAAGGAAAUGCCAUCCCACUUUCCUUCGCUGUUACACUCCUCUCCUUCUGAGAAAGAACCCAGUCAUUUAAGAGUCAGAGUAUGCCCCCUUGCAGGCUUAGCUCUGCCAUUACAGAAUCCUUUACAGACUUGAGUUGCACGCUUCCUGAUCUUGAUUUAAUUUUGAAUGCAGUUGCAUAAAUAAGCAACAGCUUCCCUCUUGGGAGAAGCUAAAUAAAUACACAAGAUGAAACUGUGGCCUUGGAGCAGCUUUCAAUAGUUAAGACGAACAUGGGACUGAAAAAUAUCAGAACACCUUAGUUAUGUGGAAAGAUAACAAGAUCAAUAUCUUAUCAGUGAGAGAAUAGUUUCAGGUUUUGAAGGUGCAAGGAGUUUUACAAAGUCACCUCCCACACAAAGCUCACCCGUGUUUCAUUAUUUCUUCUAAUUUGGGAAAAAUAAAUCAGAGAAGACAAGACAGACCAGCUAGAUAGCAUGUUUUGGAUUGCUCAUGCUAGUAGCUGUCCCCACAUGAGUUCAGAAUGGAACCACUAGGUUCCCUCCUGAGCCCCAGUUUGCAAACAUUUGCUUUCCUUCAUGGUAUUAAGGCCUCUUUCACAUCAAAGCUGAUGUUCCUCCUUUUCCAGGUGGAAGUACUUGACAGUGUUCGAACCUAGUUAUAACAGAAAUGAGAGGUAUAUUAAAAGAAGAAGAUCAGCGGCAUAAGUUAGGGCCCAUACAAGGAAAUGGUUGGUGACCUGAAUCCCUGUUCUGUAUUUCCAGAACCCAAUAUUUACUGUAAGUUGAAAGAGGUGUAGACAUUGCAGGUAUUCGUUCACAUUUCAAUACAAGGUGGCUACAAAGAAAAGGGGGUUUAAAAAGGAAAGGUAAACAGAUUUACAGCCUCCUUUUAUGUUUAUAGUAUAAUGUCUAUAACUGGAAAUUGCUUAUUUCCUCUGCUCAAGUUGUAUGUGUUCAAGAUGCAGGUAAAGGCAGAAUUUAUGGGGCAGGGUAUAUGCACUGGUUCCCAUCUGGCACGUUGCUUCAGAAGCAUGAAAUAUGGAUGUACUUUUUCCAUCCCUGUCUACAUUUAUUACCCAUCAAAUCAGACUAUUUUCUGAAAUAGUUCAUUAUUGAAUUCUGGAGAGCCAAAUCUGAAAUGUCAAGAGGGGAAUGUUGAAAAUGGAAGGUCAGUUUAGAAAUAUGUUUUCCAAUUAAGCACGGUAGCACAGAAUUCUCUGCAUAACAAUGUGGUUGCCAAAUGUGUGUGUGCUUCUGUAUACAGAUACACACACACACAUCUUGGAUCUCUGAAGCUGGGAACUUGUGCCUUAUUAACAGCAGUUGUCUAAUUUUAUCUUACAUAGGGCUAAAAGGUAUGCAGACUAUCUUUGCAUUUCCUGCCCUUUGUCAAAAAUAACUCCAGUCACCUCAUGAUUGUUGCCCUGGGUGUGUUUGUGUGGGUGUGUGUAUGUGUGUUUCAGCUGGAAUGCCUGUGGAAAUUUUUGAAUCUCCUUCACUUGAAAGCCUGAAGAAUGAAUUCAGGUUAUAGAAUGUUCAUGCCUAAGAUCAACGUUUACAGAUUCUGCAAUUGAUAUAUGAAAAUCGGAAUGAUGGAAAUUUUUGACAUUGAGACACCCUGCUUUGAGAGUACAGAGGAGGUGAUGAACAUGCCAAAACAA